UGGUGACCCGCCCAGCAGCACCAGCCACCUCCCUGCCUGUCUCUUACUUAUAACUCCUCUGUGAUACCUGUCUUCUUUACAGCUUCGGGACUUGCUGCAGCCACCAACAUCCGCUGGGAAGUACUGAUUUUUCUGUUAACUGGAAACGAUGGCAGCAAUUGGAAGUAAAGGAACCAUAAAACCCUAUUCAAAUUUUAAUGCUGCUGAAGAUGCUCAGAAACUCAGGAAAGCUAUGAAAGGAGCAGGCACAGAUGAAGAUGCUAUCAUAGACGUAAUUGCAAAUAGAACCCUCGCUCAGCGACAGGAAAUCAAAAUCGCUUACAAGGCUUCUGUAGGAAAGGAUUUGGAGGAUGAUUUAAAAUCUGAAUUGACUGGAAAAUUUGAAAAUGUUAUUAUCGGUCUGAUGACUCCAAUAAUCCUGUAUGAUGUGCAGGAACUAAAGAAGGCAAUGAAGGGAGCAGGAACAGAUGAGGGUUGCCUGAUUGAGAUUUUGGCUUCUCGUUCUACUGAGGAGAUCAAGAACAUCAAUGUAACUUACAGACUGAAAUACAAGAAAUCCCUUGAGGAUGACAUUUGCUCUGACACAUCUUUCAUGUUUCAACGAAUCCUUGUGUCCUUGGCCACUGGUGGGAGAGAUCAAAGCAGCAACGUGGAUGAUUCACUUGCUAAGCAGGAUGCUAAGGAACUAUAUGAAGCUGGUGAGAAGAAAUGGGGGACUGAUGAAGUGAAAUUCCUGACCAUCCUUUGCACUAGAAACAAGAAACAUUUGCUUAAGGUUUUUGAAGAGUAUAAAAAAAUUUCAAAAAAAGACAUCGAGGCCAGUAUAAAAUCUGAAAUGUCUGGGAAUUUUGAAGAUGCACUCCUUGCCGUUGUGAAAUGCAUCAGAAGCGUGCCUGCAUAUUUUGCAGAACGACUUUAUAAGUCUAUGAAGGGCUUGGGUACGGAUGACAACACUUUGAUCAGAGUUAUGGUUUCUCGCUGUGAGAUUGACCUGCUGGAAAUCCGCUCAGAGUUCAAGAAACUGUACGGAAAAUCACUGCAUUCCUUCAUCAAGGGAGACUGUUCGGGAGAUUACAGGAAGGUGCUUCUAAAACUUUGUGGAGGAGAAGAUUAACUUUUGACCAUCAUUGAAAUUGAUCUGUCUUCAUGAAAUCACAUUGUGUACAUCAUAUGUCCCUUUCAAUAUAUAACUUCCAAAAAACUUAUAAUAAAUUCAACCUUUUUACAAGUAA